AUGCCGACGAUGCCCACCAUUCGCUGGAGCGAUCCCCCGAGCCCGGCGCAGCUCCACCGCCUCGUCCGCGCCGCCCCCCGCCCCCUCCGCUCCCCGCGCGCCUACACCGCCGCCCUCGCCGCGCUCGUCGCCCACCGCCGCCUCCCCCUCGCCCGCGCCCUCCUCGCCGAGAUGCGCGCCGAGGGCGUCCCCCCCACCCCCGCCACCCGCAACGUCCUCAUCGGCGCCCUCUGCUCCCACGGCGCCCUCGACGCCGCCCUCCGCGCGCUCCGCCGCGCCCCCGCCCCCGACGCGUGCUCCUACGGCACCCUCAUCGCCGGCCUCUGCCGCCACGGCCGCGUCGCCGAGGCGCGCGCGCUCUUCCGCGAGAUGCGCGGGAGCGGCGUCGCCCCCACCGUCGUCACCUACACCACCCUCCUCCACUGGCUCGGCCGCUCCGGCUCUCUCGACGACGCUCUCGACCUGUUCGACGAAAUGCGCCAGAGAGGCGUUGCGCCGAAUGUCAUCACGUACAGCUCUCUGAUCGACGCACUCUGCAAAGGCGGCCGGUCGGCGAAGGUGAUGGAGCUUCUUGAUCAAAUGGUCAAGGAGCGGUGCCUGCCGAACGCGAUCACGUAUAGCUCGGUCGUCGACGGGCUUUGCAAGGAAGGGAGGCUGGGAGAGGCCACAGAUGUUUUCGAUAGGAUGAGGCUGCAGGGGAAGAAACCGGACGCCGGGUUGUAUGGCAAGCUCAUCGCAGGGUUGUGCGAUUCCGGUCGGGCUAAGGAAGGCGCGAAUUACCUGGAUGAGAUGACACUGAGCGGGGUUUCGCCGAACAGAGUGACUUGGAGCCUGCAUGUGAGAAUCAACAACACGGUGGUGGCGGGGUUGUGCGUGAAAAAUGAGCUGGGUCGGGCUUUUCAGGUGUACCAGAGCAUGCGGACUCGAGGAAUUUCGAUCGAGCCAAAGACUUUCCAUCUUCUCGUGGUGUGUUUUUGCAAUAAAAGCGAUGUAGACAAAGCCGCUCGCGUUGUAUGUGAAAUGCUCGGCGAGAGGUGUAUUCCUGAUAUAGAGACAUGGAGUUUUAUUGUCCGUCGAUUCUGUGGCCGGAGAAAGGCGAGGGAAGCGGCUGACGAUAUUUGGAAUCAGUUGCUCGCUAUUUGAGUGAUGAUUAUUUAACUGUGCGGUUCACAAUUUGAUACCGUGGAUGAAUAUCGGUAUAUAUGGUUGCAAAAGGCCAGGACAGUGCUUCAACCUGAAAGAACAAGAAAUUCAUGUUAGAUCAGUUAAGGUUCGAGAGAUGGUUAUUUCACUCCUGCGGACAUCUAUCUGUAUGAACCCUUCGUAGUGUUCUCUGCUGAUUUUGGCAUCUAGAAAGGUUGCUUCUGCUGCUGUGCUGCUGCUUCUUGAUUUUGACCACAUUUUAUCUGCGUUGGUGAUGCAGAAAUGUUUUAUCUGAUAUUUCUGAGUUGGAUAUAGGGCCAGUUUGGUAUCGCGAACCUGCGGGAUGCGGCACAUUGUGAUGGGCCAGAAAAGGCCUUUAGCUGAAGCAUCUGGGGAGAUAUUUCCCUGAAGCCAGGAGAUACUGCAAUAACAAUCCCAUAACAACGCUCCUGCGUUAGUCGGAAGUCGGAACAGCAGAAGAGAAUUUUGCCAAACUCCUCUGCGCCCAGCAAGCAGGCUACGCGCCACAAUGCGUGACAUACGCAUUCCAUGACUAGCCCAUAGAGGGGUGAUGGAACUGAGUUUCUUAGGUGGCUGCCGAGGAAGAUGAACUGAGAUUGAAAAUCCUUAUCAAACACAUUUGCAGAGGGGUUUUGCUUUCGUGUUUGAAGAAGCCGCUCGAGAAGAACUUCUUGCCAAUUCGGCAACAAAAGAGAAAGAAAAGCACACGGAUGUGCUCUCGGUUUCUUCGAGCCUCUUGCCAUGGUGAUCUCUUUACUCCUUUAUCUACAGCUCGGACUCAAAAGUGGUGAUGAUUCAGGUGGGGCUUAGCCAAUUUUUUCCGUGAAAACUCAUGCAAAGCUCAACUAUCCAAGUAUAAGCAUACGCAGAAAAGGUUUCGGUUUCCUACAAUGUUAGAUGAUCAGUUAUUGGAUCGGCGUUCUGAGAAUGCAGAGUCGCUUCGAACUUACCAAAUAACCGCACAUAACGAGCUAAAUUUCUGCUUUGUCUAUUGCGAAAGGUUCAUGUGCGGUGAUCAGAAGCUAAAAUUUUCCUUCCCUGUCGACGGAGAACGUUCCUAAUUCCACGAGAUUCGAGUACCUCGCCUCGACUGUGGAGGUAGCCUUUUCGUGCACUAUUCGCACAUCAAAGUACAUUACUCCAUCUCCUUUGUGGUCUCUAUAUAUACAUGGUCAUAUCAGUUACAUGUGCAUUAUAUGGUUACUUGUAAACGUACUUUCGCAGUUUUAAGCAGGUAUUUUUCAAGUUGAAAAAUUAUUAUUGACUGAUCUAA